AUGCCCGGUCUCGUCAGCGAUGCAACCCGCAUCUGGGAGGUCAGCAUCUACUGGGCCCUGCACUCGCAGUGCGGGGUCUGGGACCCGAAGGGAAAGGGCGUCGACAUCUGGGAGUGCAUACGGCCUCACAACUCUACUCCAGGUACUCAGCCUCCCAACUCGACCUACUGGCGAUACGUCGCGCGUCGAUGA